UUGCCCCCGCGCGGGCGCCGUCGCGGCCGCGUUGCCAUGGCGGGGGGCCGGCGGCCGCGGCCCUGAGCUGCGCGGGAACGGCGCCGGGCUCCUCCCUCCUCCGUCCCUCCCCCGGCCCGCCAUGGAGGACGAGCUCUACCUCGAGAACAUCGACGAGUUUGUCACCGACCAGAACCGCAUCGUAACAUACAAAUGGCUAAGUUAUACUCUGGGAGUUCACGUCAACCAGGCUAAACAGAUGCUGUACGAUUAUGUAGAGAGGAAACGAAAGGAGAACUCAGGAGCUCAGCUUCACGUCACCUACUUAGUAGCAGGAAACCUCAUCCAGAACGGACACGUUUGCCACAAGGUUGCGGUAGUGAGAGAGGAUAAGCUUGAAGCAAUGAAGUCUAAACUAGCCACGAUUGCGAGUGUGCAUGUCUACAGCAUUCAGAAAGCCUUGCUCAAGGACAGUGGGCCGCUCUACAACACGGACUAUGAUAUCGUCAAAACAAACCUGCACAACUGCAGCAAGUUUAGUGCCAUUCACUGUGCCGCUGCGGUCCCCAGGACGUCGGCCGAAGUUUCUCAAGCGCAGACGUCUCUGCAGGCGGGUUCCCAGACGCAAAGUGACACAAACGCUGUCAGCGUCCCUGUGGUCAACGGCCAUGGUCCAUCGACUGCUAAACAGUCCUCGCAGCAGCCCAAAGGGAUCAUGGGAAUGUUUGCAGCGAAAGCAGCUUCCAAACCCCAGGACACAAAUAAAGAAAAUAAAGCAGAGGCUAAGGAAGCCCCAGGUGUGUCUGCAGUAAGCAGCAAACCACCAGCAAAGGGCCACAUCAUGAACAACUUCUUUGGAAAAGCUGCCAUGAAUAAACUCAAAGUCAACUCUGUGCCUGAGCAGCCAAAGGAGGAGAAAGAAGCAGUCAAACCUUCAGUUCCCAUAGCAGAACCAGAGUCUUCCCCUGAUACUGGAGUAGAGAAACCUGGGAAGAAAACAGAGUCUGCUAGAAGUCAACAAAAGGACAAAAAAAGUAAAACGAAGAGGGUGGACAAGUUGGAUAAUGAGGAAGAAAGAGAUCCUGAAAAUCUGAAGAAAAAGAGGAAGCGAAUCAAACAACUUGAGUCUGACAGCAGUGAUGAGGAAGCAGAUGUCGUGCUGUCUCCCACUCCUGAGGAAGAGGAAGGUCCAUCUCCACCUCCUGCACCUCCUCUGAAAGCUGAACUGGAGCCUGCAUCCGCAGAGGUUUCAGCUGGAGGGAGGAAGAGGAAACGGAAGCGUGUGCUGAAAUCCAAAAUGUUUAUUGAUGAAGAAGACGGCUGCAUGGUGACUGAGAAGGUUUACGAGAGUGAAUCCUGUACAGAUAGCGAGGAUGACUUCACCAAGUCCAAGCCACCGGCUGUGCACAAACAGCCUGUGCUGCCUACAAAGAAAGAACCAAAGGAGGAAAGGAAGAACCUGAAGAAAGGGGCAGCUGCUGCCAACAGAGCCAACAAACAGGUCUCCAUCAUGGGCUUUUUUCAGAAGAAAUGAACUGGGUCUUUCUCCCGAUCCUCUUGGCAGCUUGGGAGCGCCGCUUUUCUUGUGCGGCUUUCCGGAAGCUUCUGCAUCGGAGGAGAGCAACGUGCAAUCUUCGCUUAUGUAAGAUAUCCUGCUUACUGUGUAAGUAAGCCCUCUGGACUAGGUUUUGUAUUGGAGAAAAGUUGUUUGGUUUUUUUUUUAUUUGUUCCUGCAAUAAUUUUGAUCGUCUCUACUAAGCAGAAUGGGAAUCGCCAGCUAGAAGCAAAAUCUAGAGGAACUCUUGGAAGACUGUUAAUCUCUUCACAUGAAACUUUAUUUUUUUAAUACCUGUUUGGUGCUGAAGGCCUGUUACACGAGUGGUAGAUGGACUAAAUUAGGAGUUGAAUUGUGGCAUUUUUUUUUUCCCUCCCUCUUUUUACACCCCCAGAUCUCCACAUUGAUCUAAAUGUUCAUGUUGGUUAGAAGCUGUAAUGCAGCAGGUCUUCAGGCGUACACACAAAUACCGAACGUCUGCUUCAGCUUUAAUUGAAUGAGAUGAACUUCAUUUUCCCCCUAAGACUGGUAAAUAGUUUUUCCUCUGCCUUUCAUAAUCUUUUUUUUUUUUUUUUUGGACAAAGCAGUGCACAUAAAAUCCUCUUACUCUUUUCUUCCUUGAACAUAUCCUCUGCAAAUUGCUCAGAUGCCUGAUUAUAGACCGGGAUGCUGUUGAUGCUCUGUCUUUGCAAAAACAUCUUUGAGGCUUCCCACACAAUUGGAUCCGGUGGAAUUGGGGGAAGGCUUCGCUAUUACAGGGAAAGCAACUCUGUCUUUAACCCUGAAAGUCAAUGAGUUGAAGGGAAGGGUGAUGAGAGGGAACUUCUGAUAAUACCAGUCAGGUACCUGCUGUCGUCGUCUGUGAAGAAUUGCACGCCGCUUUUUGGCGUUGUAGGUUUUGGUUUGCCUGAAGCCUUUUUUUACAGGCAUAAAGUAGACAAGAGAAGACUUGUUUUGUAGGACAUCUCAUCAUCUGCCCACUGAAGGAAGCGUGUCACAGCAUACGGUCCUGAGGAACCGGUUACUGGAGAUGAAUAAAGCGCUGAAGUCCUGUUAAUCAGAAAUGAGUCGUCGUUUUGGACGCCUCCUGGAUUUCUGGUGCUAAAUUGGAUAGAUACACAUAAAAGGCCAGGUUUUCCAGGGGAUGGGUGCUGAGCAUGUCUGAAGCUUGGCCUGGCGAGGGCUCCCAAACAGGCAACUGAUGCCAUCAGCCGUUGUUUCUAAGCGGUGUUAGGCCAGCGCAAGGACAUGUGUACGUACGUAUUGGUUCAUAAAGUGUUUGUAGUUGGCAGAAGGGUAGAUCAAGUCUGAAGAGCGUGAACCAAGGGAGAGAUAUCUGCAGGCACCCAGCUGAAAGCACUCCAACAGCAAAAGGGCCGACCGAGCGUCCUUACGCAGUCGUUCUGACCAGGAGAUGAGGUUGGUGAUUCAAGAAACUUGAACACACACCUAAUAGUGACCGACAGUUGACUCUAUUGAAGUCACGUUGCCCUGGGCAGCUCGCACCCUCCGCAGGUGUGAGAGGAUCCGCUUGUAGCCGGCGGUGGCUCUGGAUUUCUGCCCACGCUUGUGUCCUAGCCGGGUGGCUUCCGCCGCUCGCUGCGUGAUUGCUGCUGUCGGGGCUGUUCAAGGGUAGCCUCGUAGCUCAACGCUCACGAGGAGCUACACGGGGAGGGUGCUAAGAACUUUAAACUCUGGACUUUCUGAAUAGGUGUGUAGGAAAAAUAAUGGGAAGAUGGGUGAGGGAAGGCAGAAUUGGCACGGUACUCCCCGAACCCAGAGCCUGCGCACAGGCUGGAAAAGGUUCCGUGUUCUCGUGGUGUGUUGGAGUGACGCGGGCAGCAGAGGUCCACAGGGCAAGAAUGAACAACCUUGUUCUGACUUUUACGAAGAAAACAUAACUGUUUAAAAAAAAAAAUAAAUACUGCUGUAGUGUUUCUGUUGGUAGAAUUGGGGGUGUAUUUCGAAAAGUAACGAUAAGUAACAAAACCCAUUAAAUACAGACUUUUCUUUUGUC